AUGUCUGUUGAGAAGAAGACCGACGAAGAGAUCGGCACCGCUCCCAUACGGGUCGAGUCCGGCAUCACAGGAACCAUGGAGAAACUCCGCGACUCUGAUGAUGAGGCCAAUCGAGAGUUUUACGGCAACUCCAUCACUGAUUCAUACCGUCUCAAGUCGGAGCUUGUUAGCAAGUGCAUGGAGGAAAUCGGUAUGGGGCGCUAUCAGUACGAACUCUUUGUCGUGACGGGAUUUGGAUGGAUUACAGACAACUUCUGGUCUCAGGGAAUCGGUACCAUUCAACCUGCAGUCAGGCUCGAGCUGCCUAAUGUCACCCGUGUCGCAUACAGUUCCAUCGCCUACUACGUCGGUUUGAUAUGCGGUGCUUCCUUCUGGAGUAUCUCUGCAGAUUUCAUUGGCCGCAAACCCGCCUUCAACUUUACACUGCUUAUUGGAGGUAUCUUUGGUCUGGCUGUAGGAGGGGUGAACAAUUUUAUCGGGUUUUGUGUCAUGUGGGCCAUCAUUGGUACUGCCGCCGGCGGUAAUGUGCCCGUCGAUUCAAUGAUCUUCCUUGAAUUUGUCCCUGGAAGCCACCAGUAUCUGCUCACAGCAUUGUCUGCCUGGUGGAACUUUGGGCAAGUCAUCGUUUCGCUGAUCGGUUGGGUCUUUAUCGCCAACUUCACCUGUCCAACAGGUUCUACACCAGAGACGUGCCGCAGGGAAGACAAUAUGGGCUGGCGCUAUGUCAUGUUCACACUCGGAUCGUUGGCCCUGUCCUUCGCUUUUAUCCGCAUGUUUAUAUUCAAGAUGCCCGAGUCGCCACGGUAUCUCUUAUCGAAGAAUCGGGACGCUGAGGCCGUGGAGGCUGUCAAUUAUGUGGCCAGACGAAACGGCAAGCCUGAGCCCCUGAGGCUGGAAAUGCUGCAAGAGAUCGAUACAAACUUAGGUGUUAUCGUCAGUCCUGAGGAGUCAGGCCGACAGGGACUCAGCAGGAAACAGAUUCUGAAAGAGAAUCUGAAAGACUUCAAAUCCACCAAUUUCAAGAACCUCUUCGCCACCCGCAAACUCGCCCAGCAUACCACCAUCAUCUGGAUCAUCUGGCUGACUAUUGGUAUUGCUUACCCUCUCUACUUCAACUUUCUCCCGACAUACCUCGCACAGAAGUUCACCAACGAUGCAUCCUUCGACCAGACAUAUCGCAACUACUGUAUUGCAUCUGCAGUUGGAGUUGUAGGCCCAUUGGCCGCAGCCUUUGCCGUACAAACACGUCUGGGUCGCCGGUACAUGAUGGGUAUCUCUGCCAUUAUCACUGGCGUGUUCCUCUUCUCCUACACGGCUGCUCGUUCUCCAGCAGCCGACCUCGCUUUUACAUGCAUCAGCGGACUAUGGGGCAAUUUUGAAUACGCCAUCAUGUACGCGUUCACACCAGAAAGCUACUCCGCCCCCCACCGUGGAUUGGGCACAGGUAUGGCAGCCACGUUACUGCGAUUUGGUGGGCUCUGCGCCAGUCUGAUUGGCACGUUCUCGGACUUUACAGUCGUCCCCAUCUAUGUCUCUGCGGGCAUGUGGAUGGGAGUGGGUGUCAUUGCUUUUGGCCUGCCCUUCGAGACCCAGCAGCACGCAGCCAUAUAGACCUGGAUUCCAGCAAUAGUGGGCACUCAGAGUGUCUCAGCAGGAGGGGUGGGCAGACCAUCGGUAGGAUUACCCACGAAGCCAAAGUGGAGGAACGCGAGAGUGAAGCAGCUAUCAUAUUUGUUAUAUCCCUAUCUUAGUCAGCGAUCUCGAGGUGUUUUAGAUUGAGGUCUGUCGUCGCAAAAGUGGUGCCAUAGAAUAUUAG